CACUCGCAUUGCUUUAACCGUGGGAGGAAACAGAGAUAACAAUCUGGUCUCAAACACAGGGCCCUCGUACUGUUGCUGAGACUUCUUCACUUGCUUUAACUCUGGCCAAUUAAGACUAAUGAGACGCAGCUGCUGCGCCUGUGACAGGGUCUCAGUAUCCAAAGAUGAAGGCACACGGAGCAGACCUCCUUUUGCUGACGUGCGUUUCGUUGUCACUGCUACUUUCUAAACGUGAAGCCGAUGCUGCUUCAGAACCCGUUCAAGUUUCCAACACUAGUAAUGGUGGCAUGUCAAUUUGCCACGAUGGGUUCAUGUCUGUUCACAUAACGAAGGCGCACUUUGCUGAUCUUCCUCUCGCCAUUUAUGUCCAAGGUGAACACGGCGGAUAUUACCAAGCCAUUGCGGUAGCAAAACAGUGCCACUACUUCCUUGGAGAAACUGACACCUUUAUUAUCUUAACAGUUGCUUCCCAUGGGUGUUUUGUGAGAAGACAAAAAAAUGUGACAAAUCUGACUGUUGUCAUCGUGGCACUUGCAGACGGGGGAAGAGUUGAAAUUGUCAAGUCAAUACCGCUCGUCUGUGAAAGGAAAAUGAAGGAGGUGAACACAAAUGAUAAUCCACAAAUUUCAACACGUGAAUUCUGCAACCAGGAAGGGUUCAACAUUAUCAUCCCUCAGAAUGCCACAGUCCCACCUCUGAACCUGGAUGCAGUCUGGAUUCCUUCCAGCCAAAACCAUAACUGCAACCCCCCAAAAAGAUCCAAGGAAGCCGUCAUAUUCCGCUUUCCAUUCACUGAUUGUGGCACUCAGUCUGUGAUAGCAGAUGGGAUUAUAACCUACUGGGUCAACAUUGAGGUGAAGCAACAACAGCAGAAAAGCUUUAUAUUUCGUGAUGCGCCUUUCCAUCGUACUGUGCAUUGUAGCUUUGCACUGGCCCGAAGGACUCAGCUGAGCAUCAAGAUUCAGGAAGAAAAAUCUGAGUACCCGUCACCACUGAAGAGUGAGGGACUACUGAGGACUGAAAUGAGGUUUGCCAAAGACUCCAAAUACAAGUCUUUCUAUUCCUCUCGAGACCCUCCAACGAUCACCGAGCUCGGCCAGCCUGUGCAUGUGGAGGUGUUCGCUGUCAAACAUGAGGACGGGGAUCUGGUGCUGCUAUUGGAGGACUGCUGGGCGACACCGUCUGAAAACCCUCAAGACCCACAGAGAUGGAACCUGCUGGUCAAAGGAUGUCCUUUCAGCGGCGAUAGCCACAGAACUGUUGUGUUGCCAGUUGCCCCCACAGAACUGAAAUAUCCCUCUCUUCAUAAAUGGUUUGAGGUCAAGCUGUUCUCAUUUGUGAAGCCCCCAACAUUUAAAAACCUGGUAUAUUUCCACUGUGACAUAGAGAUCUGUAAAGGACCGAAUUGCCUACAGUCUUGCAGCAAUGGUCGUAAAUUAAGGCAAGUCACACCAGGGCCAGGACGGGAGAUUCUUUACAGUGUAGUUUCUGGUGGACCUCUUCUGUAUCUACUGUAAACAAUUAGAAAAGGGACUAUUUCAAGUCGGCACAAUUGUUAACGGUUCAGUCGAGAUCUGUCUGUGAUUUGUAAUGAGAAUAAAUCUAUACCUUACUUUAAUGACCUUAAGUUAAUAGUGUUUGCGGGGAAAGGCGUGCAUUAUGUAACAAUAUUUUAGUAAGUAUCCUAUCUUUAUUUCAUCACUGUACUGCCACUUGCUUAUUUUAGGUUUGUGUAAGAUUGUAUGUAAGACCACCUAAGUAAAUCAAUUUUCAGAUUACUUUGGGAACACUCACAUCUACAAAU